GAAAUGACAAAAAAAAAAAACGAAUAAUUAUUAUUAAAUGUUCGUCAAUAAUUACAAUUGAUUAGUUAUUACCCACUAUAUUACUAAGUAUAUUAAUCACCGUAUGGAAAUAUUCCGUUUUAAAUACCCGAGCUAUCUUAUCCUAUUUAAUAACGAUUAGGAAAUAUGUAAACACUGAAUAUUAAGACAACAAUACGAAACGAUUGUAACAAAUAUGGCAAAAGUGAAACACAAAAUUUGCAUGGCAUCCGAUUUUUUUUAUCCUAAUAUGGGCGGCGUUGAAGAACAUAUAUUUAAUUUAUCUCAAUGUCUACUGAUGAAAGGAUAUAAAGUGAUUGUUUUAACUCAUUCAUACAAAGAUCGGGUUGGAGUACGAUAUAUGACAAAUGGAUUAAAAGUGUAUUAUUUACCUAUCAAACCGUUUUACAAUCAGUGUGUUUUACCUUUAAUGGUUUGCUCGUUGCCGUUAAUAAGAUAUGUAUUAGUCAGAGAACAGAUAACUAUUAUACACGGUCAUUCAGCGUUUUCUACUCUUGCCCAUGAAACCAUGAUGAUUGGUCGUUUGUUAGGAAUUCAAACUGUAUUUACAGAUCAUUCGCUAUUUGGGUUUGCUGAUACAUCAGCUAUUAUUACCAAUAAGUUUUUAGAGAUGUCUUUAGCCGAUUGUAAUCAUUGUAUUUGUGUAUCACACAUUGGUAAAGAAAAUACAGUUUUGAGAGCUCGGGUUAAUCAUCAGAGGGUUUCUGUUAUACCAAAUGCUGUUGAUACUACAGCAUUUGUUCCUAAAUUAGAAUUAAGAAGCAAAGAUAAAAUAACAAUUGUUGUUGUUAGUCGUUUGGUUUAUCGGAAAGGAAUAGACUUACUAGCUCAAAUCAUGGCUGACAUUUGUCAAAAGCAUCCAAAGAUACAAUUUAUAAUUGGUGGUGAUGGUCCUAAACGUGAACUUUUAGAAGAUGUACGCCAGAAUUUAAACAUCCAAAAUCAAGUAACUCUGCUCGGUAGCUUGGAGCAUUCACAAGUAUGCGAUGUUCUCAACCAUGGACACAUAUUUUUAAACACCUCGUUGACAGAAGCGUAUUGUAUGUCUAUUGUAGAAGCAGCAUCUUGUGGGUUAAAAAUUGUUAGCACCAGAGUCGGAGGUAUCCCUGAAGUAUUGCCGCCAGAGCUUAUAAUUUUAACCGAACCAAAUGUUCAAUCUAUAUUAAAUGGAUUACAUGUUGCCAUAAACCAAGUCAACAAUAAUAUCGGACUGUCACCAGUUAAGUGUCAUGAAUUGGUACAGUCGCUGUAUAACUGGAUGAAUAUCGCCAAACGAACAGAGAUUGUAUACAACAUGGUUUCACUAGAACCGCCUAAGUCAUUGGGAAAGCAGUUACGCAGUUAUAUACCAACUGGAGUGUACCCAUUUUUGUUAGUUGUUUCAUUUAUGCAUAUAUUGCUUAAAAUAUUAGAUUGGUGGAUUCCCCGAUCGGAUAUUGACAUAGCCAAAGAUUAUAAUACAAAGAACAGUUUCAUUACCAAUGACCAACAACCUGAUUUCAGUGACAAAUAAUUUUUUUUUGUACAACAUAAUAAAAAUAUGUAAUUAUUAGUUAAGGUUAUUAUUAUAGUCUAAAAUAAAAAGGACGGAUAUAAUUAUACAUAUCACAAAAGUUUUAGGUAAAUUAAAAUUUAGAAAAUC